CUCUUAUCGAGCGCACAUAUGGUUUGGUAUUCAUAGAAAGAUGUUCGUGAUUGAGAGUUGGUACUAUAAUCUUAAUCGUAUUCUUUUACUGAUAUGCGGUUUGUGGCCUUAUGAAAAAACGAAAUUUCGGUACGUACGAGCCGUAUUCAUAUUAGGAAUAUUAAUCGCCUACAUGAUUUAUCAGUUUAACAUACUGUUUGCUUACGAGUAUAAUUUCAAAUUAGCACUAAAGAUCUGUUCGGACAUUUUUCCAGCUAUUCUGUGUACAUUGCAAUUUAUCGCCUUUUUAAUUAAACCGGGAGAAGUAAGAGGACUACUAGAUGAUAUUUGUAAAGAAUGGAAUGCAUUAAAAGAUUCUACUGAAAUUGAAAUAGCAAAAAAAUAUGGAAAGUUUACAAGGCGACUUACAGAAGUCUUACUUCUGUGUGCCAUAUUAAGCUGGUUUCUUCUGGUCUUAAUGAAUCUUAUUCCGAUUUCCAUUAAUGGCAUUGUAGUAGCCAAUGAAUCUCUCUUAAGAUAUGAUAAUAUCUCAAUACAUCAAUUUGAUAGAGAAAGAUAUAUUUUAUUCUUUAUAGUUAUCUUCAUUGGCGUUAUUGUAAUAACAACCACUACAACAAUGGUCUUAGCUUAUAUGCGACAUAUUUGUGCAAUGUUAAAAAUUACCUGCUAUCGUAUCGAACAUUCAUUGGAUGAAAACCUCUUGUAUAUGUCUAUUUCUCAAAAAAAUCGCCUGAUGUGUCAGAAAUUAAUUAGCGCCGUCAACAUUCAACGAAGAGCGAUGAAGUUCAUGCAACGUGCCUUAGCCAGUUUUAAAGAAUCUUACUUUUUUUUGAUUGGGAUAGGUGUAAUUUCAUUGGCCAUUAAUUUAUUACAUGCAUUACAAGCUGCAUUAUUUCUAGAUAAUAUAAAUGAACUAGCAAUAUCUACAUUUUAUGUCAUUCUUCAUUUUCUUAUUAUUUUCAUAGGGAAUUAUGGCGGACAAACUAUUACGGAUCAUAGUGCUGAUGUAUUAAAAAUGUUAUAUCAUGUGCAAUGGUAUAUGGCACCUGUACAAGUGCAAAAACUAAUACUUUUCUUAAUGCUAAGAAAUACAAGAUAUUUUAGUUUGGUCAUUGGAGGAAUAUAUGUUGCUUCACUCGAAGGUUUUAUUACGGUGAGAAAAUUUAUAAUUAACAAUUGGUACAAAUAUUUAAAUAAUUAUGUUAAUGCGAUCGUGUGUAUUGCACAUUUUACUUCAAUAAUUCUCUGAUUAAUUGAUCUCUGUAUACAAUUAUUUUACUUAUGAAAAUAUAUUUAAUUCUAUAAAGUAUAUAUAUAUAAAUAAGAUUAUAAAUGUGAUAAAAUAUAAAAACUAUAAUUUCAGC